UAUAGGCAGUAAGCUUGCACAAAAACAAACAUAACCAAACGCAUAGAUUAAUUAUGAUACCUGUAUUGUCUAUUCUGAUACCAAACGUUUAAAAUUCGAAAACAUAGGCAAACAUCAUUAAGUUAACAAUCAUUUGUGUUUUCAGUUUAAUUAACAAUGUCCAAACUACAGUGGCAAAUCGCCCAAGAAACCCAACUUUUAGCAGAAGAGAGAUGGAUUAUAAAAGCUCUACAAUUAGUUAAAAAGGAAAGAAACUCUCUUCAGAUUGAAAGAUUGAGUUUAGAAAGUAUAAAAAUGCAGCGAACUCAAGGGUCACAAAAGGUUAACAAAUCCACCACAAAUGAGCCUUCCGCAUCAUUAAUUGACAUAAUGAAGAAUUUUAAAAAAUCAAACAGUGAGGAUAUGAUUGUAUAUGAGGAAAAUAUGACAACUGCUUGUAAUGAAGAAGAACUUAAUUUAACUUGUUCAAAUUCAGUAUUUGGGCACAUGUCUGAAGAAGAGGAUAUAGAAGAAGAGGAAGACCUUGAUUUCUUGAUAGAAAAUAUGAAUUCAAUAAUAAAUACUGAACCAGACAAAGCUGAUGAAACAUUACUGGGAUGAAUGAUCUUUAACCAUGAAUUUAGAAAUAUUCAUACUAAAGUGCUAAGGCAGGAAGAAGUAUAAACAGCAUGCAUUAUUAACCUAAAGAAUUGAUUGCAAUAUAGGUGGUAUAUAAUGUGAAAUUAGAAUAAAGAAAUAAAACAUCAAGUUCAAAUA